AGAGAGAGGUGUGUGUGUGUGUGUGUGUGUGUGUAUGUGUGUGUGAGAAAGAGAGAGAGCGAGAGAAAGGGAGGGAGAGAGGGAGAGAGGGAGGAAAAUAAGAGCCAUCAGUCUCAUCUAUCUGACUCUCAUACUACUGGAUAUUAUUUAUUUUUUUCGGGGGGGAUCUCUUUAUUUCCUUCAUCUUAUAUUUUGUCGCUCAUAUUUAAUCACAAGUUAUUUUUUUCUAUCUAGGAGACUCUUCGCUUCGACUGUUUCUAAUCCUCUCUCACUACAUGGAACUGUACGGCCAUCCGCGUUUGAAUCUGCUUUUAUUUUAAUUUUGCUUUUCCCCCUCCGGAUUAAAAAUCAAGCGACCGACCAACGGACCGGACCCGAGCGAGAGUUUCCUUUAACACAAACUCAAAGAGGACUUUACUCGCCGCGAGCGCCAGGAUCCAAUCUGUCUUCCUGUGUGUGCGUUCAUUAUUGCAGAGUUGUUUCAAAGAGGUGAAGGCUCAGCCAGAACCGAGAGGAUGAAUUAGACUCGGCGAACAUGGUGCCAUUUUGGAGAUAAGUCCCCCCUCUUUUAAUUUUGUACACCUUUUUUCUUCAUGGGACGGGUGGAUAAUCGAGAUUCCAGGUGGAGAUUUUAAACGCGUCACCUGCCCGCGCACCUUUGUGACGACGCGCCUGUCAAUUAGCGUCACUAAUUGGAUUAUUUUGAUCUUGAACUUAGAGUCUGCAGGUUGCUCUUCUCUACCUCCUCCUCCUCCCCUCCCUCACCUCCCACCUCCUCCUCCUCCCCCCUUGAAGUUAUGUCAAGGCCUCUCACUCAGCUCUUACCGCCGGAUCUCCCUGCCGGGGCCACCAGCCCCCAGUUUGGGGCCAGCAACUCGGCCGGAAGUGGCACCCAGGGAGGACACCUGACCUCCAUGACCAACCUGAAGACCCUGCUCCAGCUGCCAAUCAAGGCCGACCAGAGGGCCAAGGACUGCUGCGAGAUGAAAGAUAAAGAUAAGCCUGCGGAAUCUGAUGAGGAAUCAAAUCCGGGUGUCAUCACCGGAGGGCCAGGUGCUCCCAGUGCGGCCCCGGGGGCCCCUGGAGCCCCUGGGUCCGGCCCGCUGCGUCCCAACUCCCAGUCAGCGUUCCUGGGCCCGCUGCUGUGGGAGAGGACCCUGCCCUGUGACGGAGGCUUGUUCCAGCUGCAGUACAUGGACCUGGAGGAGUUCCUCACUGAGAACGGGAUGGGCAUGCACAACAACGGGCCCAGCUCCACCCGGGCCCAGAUCCCCUCCCAGAGCUCCCAGUCAGCGGUGCCCAACCAGAGCUCCCAGUGCCCUCCCAGCUCUCCCCCGCCCUGCUCCUCCUCUUCUUCCUCAAUGUCCUCUUCAUCCUCCUCUUCCUCGUUGCUGGGACUGGAGAACGUCCAGCCUCAACCGCCACCGCCACCACCCCUGCCACCUCAGCAGGAACAAGGCAUGUUGGGAGGACCUGAGUGUCCAGAUGAUGGUCGGGCGGCGCCUCAGGACGCGUCCCCCACAUCCACUACCUGUCCACCGGGACCCUCCGGACCCCCGGCGGCCGCCAACGGCAGCAACGACGUCAUGGUGAACUUUGACCCCGACCCAGCAGACUUGGCGUUGUCCAGUGUGCCGGGACAGGAGGCGUUUGACCCUCGGCGGCACCGCUUCUCUGACGAGGAGCUAAAGCCUCAGCCGAUGAUCAAGAAGGCCCGAAAGAUGCUUGUCCCCAAUGAACAGAAGGACGACAGGUACUGGUGCCGGCGCGUCAAGAACAAUGAGGCGGCAAAACGCUCGAGGGACGCCCGGCGGCUGAAGGAGAACCAGAUCUCGGUGCGCGCCGCCUUCCUAGAGCGGGAAAACGGUGCACUUCGUCAGGAGGUGGCCGACAUGAGGAAAGAGCUGGGCCGCUGCAGGAACAUCAUCAACAAGUACGAGAAUCGACACGGAGACUUGUGAGGCGGCGGCGGAGGAAGAGAAAGAAGACGUCGAAGGAGAUAGGGGCGGGAGGGGAGGAUGAAAUGAGAAAAGGGUACAAGGCAAACCCAACAACAGCAGCACUUUAGUUGAAGUGGCGAGGGGGGGCGGCCGACGUAGAUCUGCAGUAAGCGCUGUGCGACACCGGGCGCAAACACGAAAAGUGUGUGCACGCUGUGCUUCAGGAUGUCACGAACGGGAAAGCACAGCGACGCCAUCUUUUCCAGUUUGACUCCUUUUUUUUUAAACGUGAUGCUUCGCUGAAUUCCACUCUACGUACUGUAUCACCGCGUGUCACCUCGGCAGCUUACGUCACCCUCGGUGCUGUGCUUACGCCCGGUGUCGCACGGCAUUUUUGCAGGUAGUGCGUCCCGGCUGCUACUCCGGCCAGUUCAAACAGGGUGUUGAAUUCACAUUAUGCCAGUGAAAUCUCACGUUAUAAGCUCAAGGCACGGAUACAAGCCAGGAGAGGUCAGAUGUGUCAUUUUUUUCUAUAAAUAGGACAAAAGAACAUGUAUAUUUUUGAAGUGGGCAGGAAGGCAAGACUAGUCCAGCAAAGAGGAGGAGGUGCAGGGAUUUCGUCCAUAACCGCAAAGAGAUUUUGACAUAGGAUUAUUGUAUAUUUUUCUAUUAGCAAAGAUAGUCAGGAGGAGGAUUUUGGAGAUAAUCUUUUGUAUAUUUUAUAUAUGGAGGGGCUUAGCUGGACAGUCACGGGGCCACACAAAACACUUUUCCUCCCAGCUGUUUAUCGCAAACAACAGAUAAUCUAUUUUUGAUUUCACUGAGCUGGUUAGGCGUGGGAGUAACAGAGAAUGUAUCACGGUUGAAUCAGGUAUUUCACUUGCUGCGAGAAGAGGCGGGGUAUCUUAGUAACGAUUGUUCUCGGCGGGGGCAGUUUGGGCGAUGGCAGGGGGAAGACGGUGAAACAAAAAUUGUACAGUUUUAAGAGAUUUUUGUGUUUGUUUGUUUCCUUUGUGGGCUCGUUAAAACACUUUAUUUGUUAUCUUCUAUUUGAUUCCGUGUCUGAUUUUUUAAAUGAUCGCAGGGGCUUUUAUUUUUGAAGGAUAAGGAGAAAAAGAGACAGGAAAACAGGAAGUAAUUAGCCAUCAGAACAGCUGGAUGUGAGCAGAUGUUUGAAACUAAAUAAAGGUGGAGAAUUUCGCUGGCAGGUUUGCAUUUAGUUUGGUGUCUUGCUCGCGCACAUACACACACUCAGAGUGACAGAUAUCAAUAACACAACAGUCUUUCUCUCUCUGUUUACUCCUUGAUUUGUCCAGGAUGUGCAAAAAUGAAAAACUAACUGGUUUAGGGUUGAUUUGCCCAGAUUGAACAGUGACUGAGACAUUCAGCAUGCAGACACACAACAAACACCCGGACACACACAGUCCCUACCCAGGUUUGAACCCUUGUUGUUGUUGUUGAUGUUGUAAUGGACUUCUAUGGUGCUGAUCUGAUCUGAUCCUUCACCUGACACACACACACACACACACACACACACACACACACACACACACACACACACACACACACACACACACACACACACACACACACACACACACACACAUACACACACACACACACACACACACAUCCACUGUUUCAAACACAGUACUGAACUGCCUAUACCCUUUCUUUGUCUUUUAUUCCUUCAUUUUAGUUAAACAGUUUUCUUGCUUUUGUUUCAUAUUGUAUCGAUAAAUCGUAUAUAGAUUUACACACAAACACUUGUCUAUACCUCUCCUUCAGACUUUACCCAAUGAGAAACAAGACAUGCACCCUACUGCUACUGUACCAUACAACUGUACUAUUGAAUAUUAAACUAUUCUCUCACUAGAUAUAAAUAUAUAUAUGUAUAUGAUAUAUGCUUGAAUUAUGUGAUAGUUGUAAUAUACAUAAUUGAAUAUAUUACAGAAAAUCCCUAUGGAAUCAUUUUGUCAGUUUUUCUCAGGUGUUUUUGUCUGAGGUAUUAAAUACACAUAUUAAAAAAAAACACAAAACAAGUCUUGGAUCAGAGAGUUUGUGGUUUGAUUGGUUUUGUUUUGGGGAGGAAAAACAAAUAUGAUGUUGGAUUUUUGUUUUUGGAAAGCAUUUCCAAGCUGUUGGGUUUUAUUGUUAUUAUUCUGUUGUACCCCAAUUUAUUGUUAACGCGCUGUUGGAUAGAAAACUUUCCCCGAAGACCAACUGACCGUUCAUCAAGCCCCACCCCCUUAAGUCACUGUUGCUAUGUGUUCAAUUCUAAAGCUUCGCAAACACUUUUCACCAUGACAACAUUAGCUUUAGCUAGCUAGCUAACAUCUCUACAAUCACUUUUUAUUUUUUUUUAUUGUCAUUACACAGUACAGGUACUAAGUAACAAAAUGGUUUCUCUGCAUUUGACCCAUCCUAGUGUUAGGAGCAGUAUCUCAUUGAAGGAAGCCCAGCCACUAUUUUGAUGUUGGAAGUUAUUGAUUUCUUUUUUAGAGAUAACAAAGCUAGUUUUCUUUUCAUAACGGGUUAAGUUGUAAGUUGUAGCUACCUAGCUAACAUUAAGCCGGUGCAAAAUCAGUCGCACGUUUUUAAUAUUUCUGACUGAGUUGUACGACAUUUGCAAAAUGGUCUUAAAUGUCCAUUUAAGAGUAUCUCUUUUACUUUAGCGCAAUGCAAUACUUCUUUAACAUGCUUAGAACUCCAAAACCAAGUUACAAUCGCUCAGCUAGCUAUGAUUGGACAGUCACUUUUUGGGGGAGAGGUUUAGUGAAUGGUCAAUUUAAAGCUUGUGUGUCUUUGCUUAGAGUUGGCGACUAAUUGGUACUUGAAAAAUACAUUUCCUGUUAUCUGACUGAUAUACAGCCAUAGUUGCAAGUAUUAUGAUUUCUUGAUUGUUUUAUUCAGGGGAAGCUGUGAUUUGCUUCUCACCUAAAUCUCUUUUUGAUUUCCAAGAACAACUUUUACUUGAUUUCCCAUGAGCCUGUUUGCUGUUGACACCUUCAACAGAGACUUAACUGAAUCCCAGUUGUAUUGUAUUAUGGGAGCUGUAGUUCUAUCCUUGAUAUAAAUAUAUAUAUAUAUAUAUAUAUAUAUAUAUUUUCUUUUCUUUGGUAUUUUCUUUCUGGAAAUAUGUUUCACCCUGAUCCACAGAAACAAACAUUUGAAUAUAAUCCCUUGAAGAAAAGUCUCAGAGCUUCUUACACUUCCAUCCGUUGAUGGAAGAAGAAAGCCAUGUGGUUUUUCUUUUUGAUAUCCGGGAUUUUUGGAUUUCCUCACAGACAUUUUGGAAACUUUUUGACAGUGCUAUUUUUCUAUGUAACUGUGUUGUUGAGCGUGUUGCAACUUUUUUCGGUGGUCCUUUGAGGCCUACUUUUCACGUGGUGGCAAUGACAGUUGGCUGAUGUACGAUGAAACACAGCAUUGCGGGUAAUAGUAACAUCAAUAAUAGUAACAUCAAUAAUAAUAACGAUAAUAAUAAUGUACUCAGCCUUGUUAUUUCUCCUUCAAUUUUGUGGAUUACCAGCUAUCCUCUCCAUGUUGUGACUGACUGUUAUGAACUACAAGUCCCAUGAGUGCAACACUACCCUGACUCCUCACCCAUAUUGUGUGCUGUCCACAGGGAUGAUGGCUUUUCCCCCUCCAAACACCAAUAAAGGCUUAUCCUUACUCACUGACA